AUGGAUAGAAAAUGCCACAGAAUCGAGCCAGGGGCGCCCAUGAGUAAUAUAAAUGGUCACUCCAGUGAGAAUAGCAAAAAGGAGGCAGAUGCCAUAAAUGAUUCUGGGGAGGCAUUUCAUGAGAAGUAUACUGCAGUGGAGAAUGAUGCGAGCAAUGCAUCAAGCAUGCCAAAGCUCCUGAAGAAGAGGAUGCAGGGGAUUCUAAGAAGAGACAACCUAAACAAUUCGCAAGGAAAGCCGGCAAUCGAGAAAAUCAAUAAUGUAGCCGAGGUCUCCGAGACUUUGAUGAACAGGGCAGUGCAAGAAAGCUUGCUUGAUGAGGGCAUUCUAGACGAGGUUCGUGGAUGGCUGGAGCCGCUUCCAGACAGAUCGAUGCCAAACAUAAAAGUCAAGAAGAGGCUGCUGGAUGCGCUCAGGAACAUGAAGAUUCACAGGGAGCAUCUUUUACAGAGUGGAAUAGGCAAAAUUGUUUAUUUCUACAGUAUCAAUCCAAAGGAAGAAAAAGAAGUCAGGUCCAUGGCAAAGCAACUGGUACAGAAAUGGACUCAGGAGAUAUUCAGUCCAGAAUGCGACGAAUGA